AGCGUGCCAACAUUCUCAAGGAAGUCCAAAUCAUGCGCCAACUUGACCAUCCGAACGUUGUCAAGCUCGUAGACUUCACCGAAUCUCGUCAAUAUUACUACAUCGUCCUUGAGCUUUGCCCUGGCGGCGAGCUCUUCCACCAGAUUGUUCGAUUGACAUACUUUAGCGAGGACCUUUCACGACACGUUAUCCUCCAGGUGGCCCAGGCUCUGGAGUACCUCCACGAAGAAGCUGGUGUGGUACAUCGUGACAUCAAACCCGAGAACUUGCUUUUCUACCCAACGCCCUUCGUGCCCACCAAGAACCCAAAGCCUCGAGGCCCUGAUGACGAGGACAAGGCUGACGAGGGCGAGUUCAUUCCCGGUGUCGGUGCUGGAGGAAUUGGUCAGAUUAAGAUUGCGGACUUUGGUCUUUCCAAGGUCAUCUGGGACAGCCAAACGAUGACUCCAUGCGGUACUGUCGGCUACACUGCACCUGAAAUUGUUAAAGACGAGCGAUACUCAAAGAGCGUGGACAUGUGGGCACUGGGAUGUGUGCUAUAUACCCUCCUCUGUGGUUUCCCGCCAUUCUACGAUGAGAGCAUUCAAGUUCUCACUGAAAAGGUGGCUCGCGGACAAUACACAUUUUUGUCGCCGUGGUGGGACGAUAUCUCCAAGUCUGCUCAAGAUCUGGUUUCACAUCUGCUUACCGUCGACCCGGAAAAGCGAUACGACAUCAAGCAAUUCCUCAACCACCCAUGGAUCCGCAAGGUCAACGAGCCCACCUAUGCCGCCGCCGAUGCACCUCCAUUGGCCACUCCUCUUUACACUCGUCAAGGUCAGAUGUCAGCGGAAGAAAGGCUCAAGCCCGACUUUGCCUACCUCGACGACACGCCCGGAGCCGGUAGACGCCAAGAUUUCCGCUCGCCUGGGGCGGUGAACCUCCGGGAAGUUUUCGAUGUUGGUUAUUCGGUGCACCGUCAAGAGGAGGAAGGCAAGCGCCGAAAGAACUUCAAGCAGGGAUACCGCGGCGGCAACCCGAUGAGCUCCCUCAACGCUCUGGACGAGGACUAUGGCGAUGACGAGGAGUACGAGACUGUCUCGACAGAGCCCUACGAUCCCAGUAUCGCCAACCCGCCGGCGAAGUUGCCCAAGUCCGGUGCUGUUCCUGAUGUCUCCGGCAUGGAGAAGCAGAUGCGGAACACGACCCUUUCCGCGGCGGCACAGGCUCGACAGGCUGCUGGCCCUAAGCAGGCAGCUGCUCCACAAGCUCGGGGCUACGGUCAACAUUCCCCCGAGGUAGCGGCUGCCGCCAAACGGCAAGUCAAGAACAAAGCCGGCGCAUUUGAGCUGAGUCUCGAUAACGCGACUCUGCUCGGCCGACGUAAGAAGCCCGAGCCCAGCGCGUUGAGACACGAGCAGACGGUCCAAUAGCAUCGUCCUGCCCUUGGUGUCCUUGUUGUUGUCGUUGCCGCAAACCUUUCCGAUAUAAUGUUUUCCUCCUCCGCUAUGAUUUCGCGUGGGAAUAUCCUCUCCUUUGUUUCUAUGAUGCGGCGUGGUUGCAUGAAUUGCAUUUUUCGAGUUUCCUCUCUUUUGUCAUAUGAUCCUGGAAAGGCUCGGCUGUCAGGGAAGCGGUUCGAGAAGUUUUCAUUUUUGAUGUUUCCUUUCCCUCUAUUUCAAUGGUGAGAUGAUGGGAAAUGAGAACAAGACCAGAUAGAUCUUCACUUUUUUUACCGAAAAGAUUUCAUCAUCAUCAUUCACUAUGGAAAAUCGUUUUCUGAUGCUCCCCGGGCCUCUUCUUGAUUUCGAUGGUCCAGAUGUGCUAUUGGGCCGCCUCCGAU